AUGGCGCCACAUCCGCAGGACGCCGUAUUGGAACACUCCCUGCGUGAUCCGGAGACGUUCUGGGCUCACCAUGCGGAGCAGCUACAUUGGCACAAAAGGCCGACUCGGACGCUCGCACGGACGACGAAGACCCUCCCCAGCGGCACAAGUCAUCAGCACUGGUCUUGGUUUCCCGAUGGCGAGAUCUCGACGACAUACAAUUGCGUGGACCGACAUGUGAAGAACGGCAACGGGGACAAUGUCGCCAUCAUAUGGGAGUCUCCAGCGACCAAGUCCAAACAGACAAUCACAUAUAGCCAGCUUCUAGAAGAAGUGGAGGUCCUGGCGGGUGUUCUGCGUGAGGAAGGUGUCCGUAAGGGAGAUGUAGUCCUCAUUUACAUGCCGAUGAUACCCGCUGCCCUCAUUGGGGCCCUGGCAAUUGCGCGCCUGGGUGCGAUCCAUUCCGCUGUAUUUGGUGGUUUCGCGGCAGCGUCGCUCGCGCAACGCAUUGAUGCUGCUAAGCCGCGAGCUAUACUGACUGCGUCAUGUGGAAUUGAGGGUGCAAAGGGCCCGGUUGCGUACCGUCCGCUCGUGGAAGGAGCUAUAGAGAAGAGUAGUCACAAGCCAUUGAAAGUUAUCAUUUGGCAGCGAGAGGAACUGAGAUGGGAUCGGCCAGACAAGUUGGGUGGUGGUCAGAGGAACUGGCAACGGCUGGUUAAGAGCGCCAAGAUGCGAGGUAUCAGGGCUGGUCCGGUGCCUAUCAAGAGUAACGAGGGUCUAUAUAUCAUUUACACAAGCGGUACCACGGGUCUUCCGAAAGGCAUUCUCCGUGAGGCAGGAGGCCAUGCUGUGGGAUUGAACCUUUCCAUCAAGUACCUAUUCGAUAUCAACGGACCAGGAGACGUGAUGUUCUGCACCUCUGAUAUUGGAUGGGUCGUCGGACAUUCCUAUAUCCUGUAUGGACCGCUGCUGGUAGGCGCAACUACAGUCCUCUUCGAAGGCAAACCGGUUGGUACCCCAGAUGCAGGGACAUUCUGGCGCAUCAUAGAGCAGAACAAAGUGAAUGUCUUGUCGACGGCUCCGACAGCUCUGCGGGCCAUCCGCAAGGAUGAUCCUGACAAUAAGUUCUUCGAGGAAGUCGGCAGACGAGGUGGCCUGAAGUCAUUGAGAGGUCUCUUCCUCGCCGGCGAGAGGAGUGAACCCAGUAUCGUUCGGGCGUUUCAAGACCUGUUGACCAAGCAUGCAGCUCCCGAUGCCAUGGUGGUUGAUAACUGGUGGUCAUCAGAGUCAGGGUCUCCAAUCACUGGUCUGGCUCAGCGAAGCACUGCUGGUCUGCUUUCCCAGGGAGCUGCGGAACCCAAUAGUAAGCCUUGUGGUGUCAAGCCCGGAUCAGCAGGAAAGCCAAUGCCUGGCUUCGAUGUGCGUGCAGUCGAUGACGAAGGGAACGAAGUGAAGAGAGGGACAAUGGGCAACAUUGUCCUCGCAAUGCCUUUGGCCCCGACUGGCUUCACGACAUUAUUCAAUGACGACGAGCGAUUCUACAAGGGUUAUUUGAAGAGAUUCAACGGCCGCUGGAUAGACACAGGUGACGCAGGCAUGAUAGACGAGUCUGGCUACGUUCAUAUAAUGUCCAGAUCAGACGAUAUCAUCAAUGUUGCAGCACACCGUUUCAGUACUGGUGCUAUCGAGCAAGCGAUCCUUUCCCAUCCUGAAGUCGGUGAAGCAAGCGUGGUCGGCAUUCCCGACUCUCUCAAGGGACAUCUCCCCUUCGCUUUCAUCCAACCCCGUACGGGUACAGGUUCCCUGCCUGCUACUCCCUCCCCGCAGCUUUUCAAAGAGGUCAACACCUUGGUCCGAGAUCAGAUUGGCGCCAUCGCCUCACUAGGCGGUAUGAUCCAGGGUCGCGGCAUGAUUCCCAAAACGCGGAGUGGAAAGACUCUCCGUCGCGUACUACGCGAGUUGGUCGAGAAUGCAGCAAAGGGAGAUUAUGAUGCCGCAGUGACCUUCCCUCCGACUAUAGAGGAUCCGGAAGUUGUCAAGGUUGCGAAGGCAAGAGUUAAAGAGUAUUUUGAAGCCAAGGAAAAGAAGCAAGAUAAUGCCAAGCUUUAG